AACUUUCAUUCUCAAGACUGAGUCAGUGACCAAGACUCUUGACAAGGCGGUAUGAGAGCAUUUGCCUCUGAGGACGUGUAGCCUUCAGUCAUUUUGGUGACCCGUGCGAAGGGCAAGUCCAUAAUCUUGGAGCAACAGAAACUCCCGCAACUUGGAGAUUCUGUCAUCGAAGUCAAUCAGAGAUUGACCAGAAUUUAUGUCUGACAUGUAUGAGUCUCAGGAACAGACGUGCCAACAGUCAACAAAUUGUAGAGAUGCUACAUGGGCAAAAUCACAGGAGGACUCAAACUAUCUGGAAAGUACGGGGUCUGUCUUUAGGCAAAAGAUUACCAACCACAGCCACUAUGCAUGAGGUUGAAUUAGACAAUGGACACGCGAAGAGCGUCAGUAGUGGUUUAAGGCUGCCAAGGGUAGAGAUUUCUCUGUUUGAGGGGGUUAAUCCCAAGGCCUGGAUAUGCAGGUGCCUCAAAUAUUUUUUGGUUUAUGGAACACCGAAAGAUCAAUGGAUGGCAACUGUCUCUUUGUUCUUAGGCAAAAAAUUACUACCCAUGGCCACCACGCAUGACGUUGAAUUAGACAAUUGACGCAAAGAUCAUUAGUGGUGGUUUAUUACUGCCAAGGGUAAAGCUUUCUCUGUUUGAGGGAGUUAAUUCGAAGGCCUGGAUAUGCAGGUGCCUCAAAUAUUUUUGGGUAAAUGGAACACCAAAGGAUCAAGGGGUGGCAACUGCCUCUUUAUUUUGGAAAAAAAAGGGGUGGCAACUGCCUCUUUGUUCCUAGACGAGGUUGCCAAUGUUUGCUAUCAAGGUUGGUUAGUCAAGAAUGUGGAAACUAGAAUGGGAUGUUUUUGUGCGAGAGUUAUGUAGAAGGUUCAGAGGUGCUGAAAGGGGCGAUUUCAGAGUUAUCCUUUUGCUCUUUUGAUACUAUGGUCUUAUGGCUACUGAUGUAUGAUUUUUGUCCUCCUCUUGUGCUAUCUUCUUCGCUCUUUUUAAUAAUACUUCUUUUAUCCAAGAAGAAAAUCACACUUCUGUAGCAUGAAGAAAGAAAAUCAACAUAUGUAGUCCCCCUCCUCUCCCUCUCUAACUAGCACAACGAAACAGGAUUUUAAGAUCAUGGCACAUUCAACCACCAAAUUUGUUGGUUCCAUCAUUUAUAUGUAUUCUUAUGCUGCCUGAUCUUGAUUUUGAACUAUUUAGUUAAUCUGACUUGAAAAGUUUACUUUUCAGUUUAAAAGUGAAUCUUGGCAGCAUAUGAUUAAAAAUGAAAGUUGGCAGUGUAUGAUGUAGCUGUAAUUGACAGGUAAAGAGGUUGCGUCUGAGAUAGUUAAGCACAGCUGCAUUGCUGCAGAUCAAAGUUGCAGAAUGGCUGGUCAGGAUCUUCUUACGGAUGAAGUAGUUUCUGAACAUCUGACUAGGAAUAUUCAAUUCUUUGGCCUUGAGUCUCAACAGAAAGUAUCUGGAUCAUACGUUGUGGUCAUUGGUCUUGGAGGGGUUGGGAGUCAUGCAGCAUCCAUGCUUUUGAGAUCGGGAGUUGGCAGGCUUCUUCUUGUGGAUUUUGACCAGGUAUCACUUUCAUCGUUAAAUAGACACGCUGUUGCAAUGAGAGCAGAUGUUGGAAUUCCAAAAGCUCAGUGCCUCAAAAAGCAUUUCUCUUCAAUCUUUCCUGAGUGCCAAGUAGAUGCAAAAGUGCUCCUAUAUGAUUCAUCAUCUGAAGAUGAGAUUCUCUCAGGCAACCCUGAUUUUGUUUUGGAUUGCAUUGAUAACAUUGAUACAAAGGUGGCACUUCUUGCUGCAUGUGUGCGUAGAGGUUUAAAGGUUCUAUCUGCUACAGGUGCUGGUGCUAGGGUUGAUCCAACAAGAAUUCGAAUUGCUGAUUUAAGAGAGUCAACAAACGACCCAUUAUCCAGAGCUGUAAGACACCGUUUGAGGAAGGAUUAUGGCAUUGAGAGUGGCAUUCCGAUAGUGUUUUCAUUGGAAAAACCAAAGGCGAGACUACUUCCAUUCAAGGGGCCAACUGGAGAAGAGGAAAACCCUUCAGAUUAUCAGAUUGUGCCUGGGUUCAGGGUUCGCAUCAUUCCUGUUCUCGGUACCAUUCCUGCAAUCUUUGGACAGGUCAUGGCCUCAUAUGUUAUCACACAACUUGCUGGAUUGAAAGUUCAAACUGAGGCUGUAGUAAAUCUAGAUGUCGAUCAUUACGAGAUGCUUCAUCAACGCCUUAUUGAGCAUGAAGAGUCAUUAUAUGGUACAUCCACUGAAGUCCUGGUAGAUGUCGAGGAAGUGAGGUACAUAGUGAAAGAGCUGUGGCACGGGCGAAGUGCUAGAGAACAAUCAGCCAAAAAUGUUGGACGGGGAAUGUGGCGGUCUGUUAAUGAAUUAAUACUUGUAAGGUGGGACCGAACGAAGCCAGCCUCAGUGUCAAACUUGAUUCUUUUGAAAUUUAAAGAGGCUGAUGAACACGAGUCAAGGACACUUGAUGAUGUUAGGGAAAAGGAACCUGAAUUUUUCAAGAGGGUGACAUCAAUACUAGAACAAGCUGAACUUGACUUCGGCUUGUAAUUCUCCUAGAAUAUUCCAGUGAACUUUGAUAGAAAAAAGUACAGUGUGAUUCAUGAAGCGAAGAAGCCAAAUUUCUCAGACAACCAUAAGUUGGAAGACGCGAAGACUUGGUGAAGACAUUGAAAUCUUCAUAAGAAAGCAUUUGUGUGAUUGUUAAAGCAAGCUCGAGUGCACUCGUCAAUAAUUAUUGCAGAUUUUUGCCCCUCGUCUUCUAGAAUGAACUUGUAAGCAAAAUUGAGGCCUUGUAUGUCUAAUGGCAGUUCUGCCUUGUCGAGAUCAUAUGGUAGGUUCGAUUAAUUAUUUUAUAGCAAAGCUAGGUAUUUUCGAGUCAGUUUCCUCUCCGACUUCUGGUGGGGAAAACGAGAAAAGAGCAAUGAAAACAAAGAUGGUUAUAUCAUGAGUACGAUUUCGUCUCGUGACUGCUGUCACAACUAUUUGAAUGGAGGUGUUUUGAGGUAUGUCUGCAUUGUUCCCAUCGUUAGUUCUUGCAUCGAUGUGAUGAGGAAUCAGUAAAUGCUGCUACUAAAUCAAUAAAUUUAGCUCCGAUACUACAAUA